GAAGUUGGUUACGGAUAAUGGCCAAGAGAAUACUCCUCUUAUUCAUACGGCAUCGCCAAUAGUAUUUGAAUCAAGGAAAGCUGAAUUAAUUUUCUUAAUUGCGGAGAAGACGUACGAGUUGAAUGAGCUCACUACAGAAUUACGAGAAUUAGAAGAGCGUAGUGCUAGAUGCCAAAAAAAACCAAGGAGAAAGAGGAUGACGGAAAUGUAACUGAAGAAAAAAAAUCAAAGAGGAUAUGGAAGCUAAGGAAUAUGAGAAUUUGGAAGGAACUGGGGAAGCCGAUUUAUGUGAUGACUUUGUGAUGAGCGCAAGAGACGUGAGAAUUUUAGAAGAUGCUCGAGAUGUUUCUCAAAAAGAUGAAGGUGGUAAUGAGAAUAACAGAGAAACGCCAUCUAUCAAACGGGCUGUCGGAAAGAGGGAGAGGAAGGAUGGACCCUCUGUUACUUCACCUUAUAUGCCUCUAGAUCAACCAAAGGAAGGCACAAAGAAGAGACGUGUCAUCCAGAUAUUGGAUAGUCCUGAUGGGAAAAAAAAGUACAAAAAUGAAGAAGGCUUCAUACCUACAUCUAGAGACUAUCCAGGUAAGGCACUGGCGUUUGAUUAUGAGAACAAAUUAAUUGAAGACUUUCUACAAUCGAGAAUGAACAGUGAUACGUACAUUUGGAAGUGUGCCGAAGCAAGCGUAUCUCGCUUAGAUGCUUAUAUACUAUUAACGGGAGGUGAACUCAGUGACGAUGUGAUCGAUGCAUUUGUUAUUCGGCUUUGUAACAAGAUUGAAACAACUAAUAGUUAUGAUCGAAAGAUACAUGUCACAAGACCUUGGCUUGGACAAGCAUUUCUAGAAGGAAAUCUUGAAAUGGUGGCAAAACGAAUGAAGGAAAAUGUUUCUCAGCAGAAGUUCUUGGACUGUAAAAGAAUUCUGAUCCCGAUUGUCAGCUCCGGACAUUGGCACCUGGUAGAGUUAGUGAGAGAGGAGAAAAAAUUCUAUCACUACUCCUUAAUCAACUCCCCCAUUUAUAUCGCCGAUGCUGUGAAAUUUAGAAAUAAGUUUAUGAGUUUCAUUGAUAGUAAUUGGGGAUUGGGGAAAUCGGAGCAUCAUGGUCUUGUGUCAAUUGUCGUGCCACAACAAGGACCGUAA